GUUAAACGACAAGGCUGUUCAGUCGUAAUACGUCUUUCUUCCAGGGUUACGAGUCUGCAGAUCUUUCGUGACUUCGACUUUUUAUCCUUGGAGCACCAAUUGCAUCGUCAAGUUCGCGAGAAAAGAUUAAUAAUUCUCCAACGUCAAAGUUUGUACGAAACCGUUAUCUACAAUUAUCAAGUUCAGCCAAUCGAUGGAUAUGUAAAUAACUCUCAGGAGCACCAGGAAACCCCAAGCGAAUCUUCGUGGUCGUCUGUCUGAUUUAUUACACAAUCUUCUCACUUGAUCAAGGUAUAACGACGCAGAGUGUUACACUAUCCACGAGAGAAAUAAUCUGUCAUAUAUUUACAUGAUUAUUAACGAGAAGUUUCACACAUUUUUUAUCAUUUGUGAUCGAUAUAUUAUCUGUGUUAAUUUGACGAAUCGUUAGGUUGAACGGUGAAAAGGUGCAGAACUAGCGGAAUAUUGAAUUAAUAACAAAGAUAAGUAAUUGAUAUUUAAUAAAUAAAAUCCCAUGCGCGGAGUAUUUUGGAAGCAUACGAGUUCUCCAAUUCUUCGAGUUUUCGGAUCAAAUACUAACGAUUGUUAACAACGUAUACGUAUACCGGGCGUAUGUGAGAAAUGUGGCAAUGCCUGUGGAUUUUCUUCGUUGUUCUGAUAUGCGUGUCAGGCGAAUACUUGAUGGGUGGUCACCUGGACAAUAACGCUGGAGCAAAGUCUCGAUCUGAAAAAAUCGACAAUUUCUUUGCAUUAGAACAUAAAGGACAUGUAGACGACCUUGACCCGGAUCUUAUAGCGGAGGAAAGCACAGUUGCCACUGUCGCUGUCGGUACCGCGUCUUCUGCUUCAAUCGACAACGACGUUCCACGUUACCAUAUCCCGUAUCCUUUCGCCUUCAAUGGAGGUAAGCCGUUUUCUUUAGAGAAGGACCCGAUAACCGGUAAGAUCGACUUCGAGAAAGCACCACCUGUUAGAGCUCUCAACUACACUAGCCGUUAUCACGAGCACGAGAAUAAAGAGAAUGUAAAUGUUUCGGAAAAAAUUUACGGAGAAGAAAACACAUAUGCAGAGCAUAGAAAGACGAAGGGUAACGAUAACGACGACGUUAGUCCAAAUGAGAUCAAUACAUAUACAGUUAAUUUUCACGAUUUCUUAAACUUACCCAUUAAUUACUCUUCGGCCAAAUACGGUAAUGAUAAAUAUCCAUUGAUCUCAAAUUCGUAUGCCAAUACGAAGGUGCAAAGUGGCACCAACAGUUACAGCACGUACAAUCAUAGACCUUAUCACAUUGAAAGCGACUCGUAUAUACUUGCCACUAGAAACCCUUACGUGUCAAUAAUGAACACAAGCGCACACAACGCUACAACUGUCAGUGAUUUCAAAACGAAACUGUCGACUGUUGCAUUUUCAAUUAAAACUUCUACGGCUAAAGCGCCUAUUGUAACCACGUGGAAACCAUUUACUACUCCAAUAGUAUUUGAUUCCAUUAAUCGCAUUACCCCAGAAGAGGAGAACGAGGAGAAUAUAUUGUCGAGAGAGCAAUUGCAAAUUUCUAGUCACGUGGAAGCUUAUAAAAGUCCAAGCAACAUGUCGACGCAAUCUCUGAACGAUGAAACGACAGAAAAGACGCAAACUGUUAUUCGCUACAAAAAUCAACCAACUCGCAACAAUUUCGCACCAUCUCGUGCAAAGCCAUCGACGCAACACGAAGAAUAUAAGGAUUCUUAUGACGUUUACGAAUCGCCGGACGAUGAAGGUGAGAGUGAGGAUGAAAGUGAGGAUGGCGAUGAGGAUGAGGUCAACAGCGACAAUGGCAGCGACGAUGAUGAUAACAGGGAAAGCGAUUUACUGUUUCAAGAUUUAUCGAAAAAGCACGUUACACAGUCGACACUUUCUAUAACUAUUGCCAAUGCAAUGACUUCAACAGCAAGUACGACUGCCAAUGCGGUCACCACCAAGUUGUCGGAGGGUACAACAUCAGCCGUUACUACGGUCGCUCCUUCUGGAUCUUCUACGCAGCGUAUGCUUCUGCAGCAGGAUCUAUUUGCAAGCGACUCGUUACAAUCUUCAAUAAUGUCGCAACAUCCAGCAGCUUCCUCGUCUUUGAUUAACAAUCUAGGACACAGUAUUACGGAACGCUAUGACCCGAACACGAGUCACGAAUAUAAAUCAACGGUCAAAUCGGUACAAGACCGAGUAGGAGCUGGCAUUGUGAUAGAAAGCACGAGUAAUAUCGUAAUUCCGCCGGAUCAAGAUACCGUGUCUUUCGUUUUAGGAAAUCGUCAGAACGUUGAGGGAGGUUAUUACUCGGUUGGGACUGCCAUUGGAGAGAAUCCUUACGGCAGUUUAUCGGACAUCGAGACUUCGUUCUGGCCUCUUCGCAAUAAUCCACAUGGUUCUACCAAGGAAAUUAAAUACGAGCAACCACCUGCUUCCGUCGCAGAACCGAGUCCUGAUCGCGUUAUACAGAAAUGGUGGCCACCCGGCUCCAGUGUUCUAAAGAACUACAACCAACUCGAACCGCCGAGAUCUCAAAGUUCCUUUGCUGCUGCUUCAAUUGCGACAAUUGAUACAAAUAGAGAUCGAAGCCAGGAGAAGGACGCGAACCAUUUUACUUUAUCGGAUGUAGAAACGAAAAACAAGGAGACGAUUACGGAGGAACGUAUCGCCGUCGUAAACGAAGCAGAUAACAAUAUGCGCGAAUUACCACCCAAGGUAACCUUAACAACAACGGCGAUAAAUAAAACAAAGAUCAAUCUCCCUGUUGCUAACGCUAGCGGAGACUUGCCACAGCUCGCCGAAAAUUUAAUGCCGCCUGCGGAAAGUACCGGACCACCGCCGUACUAUCAAUACCAGUACGAUACUACUUUGCGAACGGACCAUACAAGACCACAAAGGUUACCGCUGUCACCACGCAUUAAGCCACAUUCGGGAUUUUCGGGAUCUCCAUUGGAUGUAGGAUCGAGGAGACGUCCGUAUUCGCCCGAGGCAAAACUACCGAAUAUCUUGCCUCAAUUUCGUCCCAAUACAAAAGCGUCGUAUGGCCAUCGUUUCGGUUCGGAUGUAAUAGGAACGAUGCCGGCUGGACAAAGCUUGUCUACUAGAAUUAAACAACCGUUACAGAAUCAUCCGGCGUCACGACGUCAGCCCUUUCCCCCGCCACCGUCGUAUCUUCAGCGUCUAAAUCCUCCACCACCGCCAAUCCACGCAGUUAGGUUAGCUUUUGUACCGACUUCGAAAAUGGAUAACGCUGCUUCACUUCACGAGAUUGAACCGACGAUACGAAAGUUUCGGCCUCCAUCGAUCGUAUCAUCGAUCUCGCGUGGAAGCACCGAAGAGAAUACGCUGCCAUUUAACAAGUCAUUCGAUCACACCACAGACCAGGAUGACAACGAAAGCAAGACGCGGGACCAGGGUAAGAGUGAAAUCGUGGACGAACGCGAAAAUGAAAGCUUGGAAAGUUACCCAGAGGAACCGCCGAUAACACCACCGAAGCCGCCUCUGUUCCCUAAGCGUAGAACGGCGGAUCCUCUACACGUUACGACUCUGCAAAUGAUACAACAUCAUGGCGAAUUCACAAACAAUGACGAAAAUGAAGCCAGACUUACGCAACAUAUAGAACCUGUACUCGCGCACCAAGCGGAACGUAGAAAGUCGGAUAAUCAUGAUUUGUUGGAGAUAGUCGAGCAACCUGUAUAUGUUGUAUAUCCAGUCAAUACUGCGGUUAAUAUACAUUCGGGCAAUUCCAAAGAAGAGGAAGAAGAAAAGGUUGACGACAACGACGACGACGACGGAAGUGUCGUCGUGGGUACUCGGGGACCUCAUCGGCCACUACCACCCGAUACUCUGCUUCAGGACGAGCGAGAGAAGAUCCAUAAAGUCUACAAUGGUAGACCCGCACCCGUUGCAUCGGACUUCCCAUAUCCCUUAGAGCAUUCCGAUCUGACGUCGAUGUUUCCUGGUGGUACGAAAGAAACGCCUCUCUUGGUACCUAGCGAGCAAAGACAACAAACUGCCCCCGUAAUCGCAGCCGAUCGAAAGAAUGAGAAAAAUGAACAGGAUGCCACAAAUGUAAUUCCUUACUUGCAAGAUUUUCUCCCGUUUCAAAAGAAGAAUGACGCGACAAUUUCCGUAACACUGCAUCGUACAGCACCAAUCCUGACAUCGGCAUCGACAACGACAACGCCGACAUCAUUGUCGACAUCGACACCAACGCCAACGCCGAUCGCUUACGUUUAUACACCGACACACGCAGCGGCGUAUCCUACUCGUCAUUUCAACGAUGACGACAAGGACGCUGCUACGAAUAUUGACGCAACGACAACGGUGUUGCUACCUUCUCAGCAGCCAUCCAGCUCUUCCAACUCGGCACCAAUGCCACAGAACUUUAUGGCUCCUUUUGUCGCUAGUAUAAGUGCCGAGACACCUAGUAAAAAUGGUUGGAGCGUCGUCGUCGUCGAGCCACCCGCAGAGGCAGACAAAAAACUAGAUAACGAUAACGAUGAUGCAAAGCUGGCUAGCUCCGAAAUGGAUACGCAGACCGAGAAAAAUGACUUCGAUGUUGAUAAUUUCAAACCACAACUCUUUGGUGGAUUUAAGCCAAUUUAUGAAUUUCCCACAGAGGACAUGGAACGUCGUGACGAUACAAACUUCGAGACGGACAUAUCGAGACAUCCCAAGAAACUGGCCGUACCUGAUGAAAGAUAACUUUAUUCUGUAAAAGAUUGAACAUUUCGCUUCGGAUUUUACUCGCGUUUCUUAUUAUUCUUGUCGUGUAAACAAAAACUCGGACGAUGAAGAUAACGAAACGUGCAGGUGCAGCGAAGAAUGAAAACCAUAUGUUUUUGUACGUUGCCUGACGAAACGAUAUAUUCCCGUGACACAGUUAACUCAAACAAUAAAAGACUGUACCGUCCAUUCCUAUUAGAAGUACUCAAAGACAAUUCAUAUUUUCAAAAAGUCAACAAUAAAUUUAAUCAUUAAAAUAAUAGCCGUUCUCCGGUAGUAACAUAAUAACAUUGCCUCAUCUUUCGGGCAACUUGCGGAUUUCGUCCACAAUGAGAGUUAUUUUUUCAUAGUUGCUAAAUACUACAUUAACCGGGAAAAUAUUUUGAAUUUAAGAUUUUUAAAAUCUCAUUACUGCGAAACCCUAAAUUAAUAACAAGGAAUCAGAAACAAGGAAACGUAUGGCAAAAGUUAUCCUACGUACUAUUUUUAAAUAUGAAAAUAUAUUUAUUUUAUAUGGAAAAACAUUUCACACCGCUUAAACGUACUUAUAAAAUGCUCUGAAAACUAUCCUUAUCCUUGGACAAUCAAUAAAUAGCUUUAAAAUUAAUGUGGCAAAAUCAUAAGAUAAUCUAAAGGGAUUGCAUAUGACUCUAAUUUUAAGACUAUUUACUGAUUGUCAAGGUAAAAAGAGCAUUUAUUCUGCUGUGUAACAAGUAUGCUUAAGCGAUUUGAAGUAUUAUUUCAUGCAAAUAUGUUUUUAUAAUAGCGUUUUUAAAAUAGCGCGCAAGAAUUUUUGGCAUGCGUUUUUUUCACUUCUGACCUCAUCGAUUCAGGAUUCCGCAACAGUGGAACAAGGAACCUUAAGCUCAUUCUUGAAUAGCCGUAAUAGUAUGCUAUAAAAAGUACGCAAUAAGCAAAUUGACCAUCCGCAAUCCAUUAUUCUUGGACUGUAAAAAUUCCAUUGAUCAAUUUGCUUCCUGCUUACAUCUUACUGCAUACUCUUGCGGCUUUUGCAAAAUGGGCUUUAAAGUCUUUCGAAUUUCUCAAAAGGAAAAUAGAAAUUGUCUUUGAGCAAUGUUAUGUCUUAGUAUUCUGUUUGUUAUAUCGCGACGAAUGUUGCGUAAUAAACAGAUAUAUAUAUAUAUAUAUAUAUAUAUAUAUAUAUAUAUAUUGUAAUUAAUUUAUAUUAUCUAUUAAAGUCUACCGUACGGAUAGUACCGUCCACAAUUGUCAAUGUAGUAACAGAGAAAGAAUAGUGCAAUGUGCGCAUAAUACGAUUUAUAAAAGAAAUCGAUAAUGCCUUGUAAACGAUACUUUUGACAUGUAAUAAUAGUGUAAUUUAUAUAUUCGAUGUAUUUUUUCUUAUUGAAAAAAUUAAAAAAUCAGAAUAAAUAAGGUUAUUUACGUAAAUGCACAAUCUCUCUUACUCAUAUCGAGGUAGAUUGUAAAAAAAGUUCGCAAAAGAAUGAUUGCAAUAGUCUUCAAUAUAAAUCAAUCGCAUAUCAUAUCGAUCAAAUUAUCAUCUAUGUUAUAUCACAAAUGCGUUUCUUAUGCAUUUUCAUAUAUCAUGUACAUGCGUAUCAGAAUUAAAUUAUGAUUAUACGCCACACAUGUUCAAAUUUCUUUUCUAAAAAAAAAUAUAAGAAUGACAGAAUUAACUUUUCGCCAUCUCUUCUCUUUCUCCCAUCCCCUCUUUCUCUCUCCCUCUCUCUCUCUCUCUCUCUCUCACACACACACACACACACACACAUCACUUCCUCAUAAACUUUGUACCUUUUAUGUAAAUACGCACAAUUGGAUAUUCGCACUAUAUGUUUCAUCUGUUACCAAAUAGCCGAAGAUCAAGCUUGAGAACGACAUCGCCGCUUUCGACUUCGCGUAACUUUAUCCUCUUUUGGAUCGGUCCACAGGAAUCCUUGCUAUCUCUCAUUAUGUCAGCCACUCUGACCUCGGCGCGACCAAGAAACUCUGCGUCAACAACACACCACAUCGCCAGUUUAAUAGUUUAAUGUACUCGCGUAAAAGUACAGAAAAUUUUCGCGUUAAAAAACAAUUAUACAUAUAACUUACCGUCAGGGCUGUAAUACCCUUUAUCGAACACUGUAAUGCAAAGAGUAUCUUCGAGUAAAUCUUUCACUUGGAAUUGCAUCGACGCAUCCCAUAAAGGACAAUUACUUCCAGAUACGACACCGGUUCUUUCCUCUUGAGAACCCAUAGACACUUUGCAAAAUGUAUUAAAUUUUCCUACAACAGAACAAAGCAAUACAUUCGCACGUAAGAGUUUCCAGUCUCAUGAAUGAGACGAGGAACGUGUACAAUAACUUGUAAUUUUCUUAAAUAGUGUUAUAACAUCUUGUAAUAGUAUAUCUCAUUUUCUCUCAAACGUUAUUGUAUAUCCUUGCCCAACAACCACAUAGCACUCAAGUUAUCCCCCAGAAACAGCAAUCAUAUAUCCACAGUUUCUCCAUUAGACAUGAUAUAGUAAAAUUUGAAAUGCUUUGAUAUCGAAUUAUAGAUAAUAGCUAAAGAAUUAUUUUAUACACACACACACACACACACACACACACACACACACAUAUAUAUAUCCUGCUAUGUGUGCGAGUCUUAAUUUAUUUACGACUAUCCCAACCAUUGCUAUGGAACAUGCGUUACUUAAUUUAGAGAAAAUUUGAUGUAUAAUAUAGAUAAAAUAAACGUAAUUUGUGGAACUGAAGAAAA